CAUAUAUGCAACUUCCAGGAAGGAGAAGCAAAGCGCUCCAUUAGAACCAAAGAUAAAGAAAACAGGUUUCUUCCGAUGAAGCCUGCAAGAAGCUCCCCAAUACAACCAUAAACAUUUAUCCUCCCCAUAUUAUGUACCUUCCUUCAUUGGCUUUUAGAACCCUUGCCCUUUUUCCACGAACGCCACCAUCUCUUUCCUUUCUUCACUUAUAUAAUACACCUCUCACUCCCUCACUCUCCAUCACUCCUAUUCACAACCUUGUUACCAUUACAACCCAUCACUCCAAUCCUACUCCUUUUCUUCCUUUUUGUUCACGUACAAAUUCACGUACAAGUUCGAGUCUAGCUAAGAAUGGCACAAUUGGCACUAGACAACUCGGUUGAGUUCGAGGACUACUUCCCAUCCAUGAUUGCGAGGUUGGGUGCAGAAGGGUUUAUCGGGGAACUCUGCAGCGGGUUUCGUUUGCUGAUGGAUUGCGAGAAGGGACUCAUCACGUUUGAGAGCUUGAAGAGGAACAGUUUUCUGCUGGGGUUGAAUGACAUGGGAGAUGAAGAGAUUGUUUUAAUGCUGAUGGAAGGUGAUCUUGAUGGAGAUGGAGCUCUGAGUCAAAUGGAGUUUUGCAUUCUCAUGUUUAGGUUGAGCCCAGGUUUGAUGGAUGGAUCUAAAAGGUGCUGGAUGGAUGAUUUCGAAAGUAUCUGAAAUGUAGGCUUAUUAUUAUUGUUUAGUUGUUCUUUUUCAAUAGCAAUCUCAUUCAUCCAGGAAAAAAAAAAUAAAAACAAAAUAAAAAAUAUAUAUUUCUGGGCUUCAAUUAAUUUUAUCAAA